GAAAGAAUGCAUCGAGAGAUACUUGUCAGAGUUGGUUACUGCUCAUGUCGAAUAAAACAAGUGAAUUAAUGAAUUUAAUUAUUCGUGAAUUUUUUAACACAUGAUAAAUCAAUACUGCAUUGUGUACGAACUAAGUGAAAGAAAGAUCAAAAGUAGGACUGAGUACUCCUAGACUGAAGGUGUAAAACAUAAUUAGAUAACGUAUAACGUAUAAGUACGUAUUACGUUGUUUUGAAAGUUGGCCAGAAAGUAUCACAACAAUGGCUGCGACGAGAGAAAAGCGUACAAAUGCUGGCAAUAAAAUGGCAAGAUUGUUGAAUGAAGAGGAGGAAGAUGAUUUUUACAAAACUACAUACGGUGGCUUCGACGAGGUGGAACAGGAUCAUGAUUAUAUGGAAGAAGAUGAAGCGGAAGAUGAGGUGGACUCAGAUUUUAGUAUUGAUGAGAAUGACGAGCCAGUUUCUGAUACCGAGCAAGAGGGACCAAAGAAAAAACGCAGAUUAGUAACGAAAGCAUACAAGGAGCCUAAACCUGCCACAUUGCAUGCACAGUCGACACCUAAGGAGAAGAAGAUAAAACCUAAACAUGAAAAAAUGCUGAUAGACAGCAUAGAAAGAAAAUCAAUACGCCGUUCCACUGCUGCAAAGUCAGCAGCUACGCAAAAACGUUUGCGUGAGAGAAAUGAGGAGGAUAAAAGACGGAAAAUAAAAGUUGUGAGGUAUGAUAUAUGGAAGCCCACUCAGGAAGAAUUGCUGGAAGAAGCGUUGCAAACGGAAGAACUUAACAUGAAAUCAUUAGAAAAAUAUCAGAAACUAGAAAAUGAAAAAAAGACUACGAGGACUGUAAGAAAAACGCAUGUUGGACCAAUGAUCAGGUAUCAAUCAUUAUCUAUGCCAGUCAUGGAAUUAUCCGAAACAUACGUGGAUGAAGAUGAAAGGAUCAAUGUUGAAUGUGAUGAUGAGAGAAAAGGAAAUUCUGAUAACACAAGUUCCGACAGCCCUCCAAAACAGCAAAGCGAAAAAGAUUCAAAGGCAGAUGGAAAAGAUGAUAAUAGAGAGGAAUGUGUAGUUCUCGCUCAUACAACUAAAAGGAAAAAUAUUCAUGCUGAAGAAACUGGGACAUUUUAUGAACGCACAUUUAUUACUUUUGAAAAUGAACAAUCAUAUCAAGACGUAUUUAAGAAAUCGACACAGCAAAGGCCACCAUUAAAGACCCUAUGUGCAAUUACGCGGUUGCCUGCUAAAUAUCUAGAUCCUAUGACACAAUUACCAUAUAAAAAUGUACAGACCUUUCGAUUGCUUCGAGAAGCAUAUUAUCAACAGUUAGAAGGUCGGACUGAUCUUAACGACACUUCUCAAAGUCCAGAACUAUCGCGGUGGCUUGAAUGGCGGCAGAAAAAUCAUGGCAAUUCUCAGAGAAACACUAUUCGUCUGGAAUCAGCAUCUGUAUCUUCAUAACCUUUGUCUCUUUGUAACAAAUUUAAAAUAAAAAUAAGCUGUUUUGUUAUUCCUAUGACCCGAUAUAAAAUUAAUUUUAUUAUAUAUUUAUAAUAAAAGCACAAUAGAA